AUGCAAGCAAAGAUUCUGAAGCGCCUCUUGAAGGAGAUUGACGAUGUCAAUGCCGACUUCUUCAAUCUGCGAACAGUCAUCUCUCCAGAUCCCGAGGACGACAUAACCCGGUUUUCUUUCAUUAUGAUACCGAACGACGGCGCCAUGGCGCAUCUGACUCUGGUCGGAGCAAUGUAUAUUCCUGAUACUUAUCCAGAGUCACCACCGGUGAUCCAUCUCUACACCAUGACUGAGCGUUAUAAUGUCGACAUUUAUCGAGGUCGACUUGAGAACAAGAACGCCAGCAGUCUUUGCUUCAACAUCUUGCGCGCCAAAUCAAAGGAUGGUACUUGGAAUGAAGACUACACCAUCUCGGCGCUCUUUGCCUCGCUAAUGUCAGCCCUUGUGUCUUUUUACGUCCCCCAGGAAAUCGGUCCGGACCGACCCGAAUAUGUUACGAUGGAGAAGCUUCACAAUGUGAAGCAAUAUGCAAAGGAUAGCUACAACACCCACAAAGACCGCAUGCCGGCCAUUCCUCAAAUUCCACUAGUAGAAGCGACGAUGGUUAAGGCGAAGAAGUUGAACUUUCCACCAGUGAUCCUCUCUGGUGAACCGGAAAGGGUGACAGCAGGCCCAAUCUAUCUACAGACCGGAAACUCAACCGCCCAUUCCUUUGCAGUAGACCUUUCUGGGUUGCGUGAAGGUGUCAUCUUCUCCGUGAUUUUGUCUAGCUCCGAGACGGACCUGAUCGGAAAGAAACCGGAAACGGUGCUGGUCCGAAACGGCGUGACGGCUUCAGCAGCUCGGAAGCGCAAGGGCCAGCCAACUCGAUGGUUUUACCACGGGACGCCUAUGAACGAUGGUGAUAUGAAACUGCACGUCACUAUCGGGCAGGAUCAGAUGACGCUCGUCUAUAAUUCCAAUGGGCGCCGCUACGUUCAUGGCGAUUGCCCCUUGUCGCGGUUGACGCCUCUUGAGAUCGGCGACGUCCGUGGAGUUCCAUUCUAUGUCCACAUAUUUACCAAGAAGAAGAGUGGAGGGCGGUCAAAAAUCUUCCUACUAGACACCCACGGAAAAGGGUACUUGUAUCAAGAUCCGGAGGUAGCGGACAAAGAUACCCUCGACUUUGAGAUUGUAGACCAUCCAAAUGAGUCUGAGGUGGUUUCGCGGCAAAGUCCGGAUGGUAGUCAUGCUGUGGAGGCUGAGCAGGAGUUGUGGGAGGAGUUGGACGCACUCAAAAUCUAA